GUCGCUCCCUCCUCGCCCUCCUCGCUCCUCUCCACCACACGCACAAAACGCUCUGUCAUGGCGUCUUCCAACCAUGUUACCCCCACCAACUGUGGCUGGUGGCCCAUCUCCGCCAUGGACGAGGACGGCAAAGUACCGGACGGGGACGAGUGUGAAGAGCCCACGGCGGAGACCAAACCUUUCAACAAAGACAGGCUCGUUUUGUAUCACUGGACGCAGUCUUUUACCUCCCAAAAGGUCCGUCUUGUCAUCCACGAAAAGGGGCUGGUGUGCGAGGAGAGAGAUGUGAGCUUGCCACUGCAAGAGCACAAGGAGCCGUGGUUCAUGAGGCUGAACCUUGGCGAGGAGGUGCCUGUCUUUCUCCACGGCGACAACAUCAUCAGUGACUACAACCAGAUUAUAGACUACCUGGAGACCAACUUUGUGGGAGACACAGUGGCACAGCUGAUUCCAGCUGCAGACUCGCCCGUCCAUGAGCGUGUGCAGCAGUACCGUCAGCUAUUGGAUGGCCUUCCCAUGGACGCUUACACACACGGAUGCAUCCUCCAUCCAGAACUCACCCUUGACUCUAUGAUCCCAAAGUACGCCACCGCUGAAAUACGUAGACAUCUGGCCAAUGCAGCAACAGAGCUGAUGAAGUUGGACCACGAGGAGCCCCAGCUGACAGAACCAUACUUGUCGAAGCAAAAGAAGCUCAUGGCCAAAAUCUUGGACCAUGAUAAUGUGAACUACCUGAAGAAAAUUCUGGGAGAGUUAGCAAUGGUUUUAGAUCAAGUGGAGGCUGAGCUGGAGAAAAGGAAACUGGAGUAUCAAGGACAAAAGUGUGAGUUGUGGCUAUGCGGACCUGACUUUACACUAGCUGAUGUCUGCCUGGGAGCCUUGCUGCACAGGCUCAAGUUCUUGGGACUUUCAAAGAAAUACUGGGAGGACGGCAGUCGAUCCAACCUGCAGUCUUUUUUUAUGCGUGUGCAAAAACGCUACGCUUUCCGCAAGGUCCUGGGGGACAUCCACACAACGCUCCUGUCCGCAGUCCUGCCCAACGCCUUCCGGAUGGUAAAAAAGAAGCCACCGUCCUUCUUUGGGGCCUCCUUUCUAAUGGGAUCCCUUGGAGGGAUGGGCUACUUUGCCUACUGGUUUUUAAAAAAGAAAUAUAUGUAGUGAAUGCCCUCUUGGUGUGUUCAGUGUCUAUGUAUUUGUGUGAUGUUUGAACUUUUCUGUAACAUUUGAUGACUGCAGGAAGCAUACUGAAUAUAGAUAACACUAAUACUUACCUUGGCGACUACAGAUAUAUUAAAACAUUCCAUUAUAAGACAUUCUUGACAGCACAUUUUCUGGUAGUCAAGGCCUUCAUCCAGUUUUUUUUGGUUUGUUGGCAUGCAACCAGUCCACUUAUACUUUCAUCGGCUCCAAACCACUGCAGUAACCCAAACAUGGGUAAAGUAACCUUGGCAUGCCACUACUCAUACUCACCACUCAUAUCUGCUACACACUCCUUAUAACACAAGCACAUGAUGUAUCGCUUCUGGUACGAUCCUGCUUUACAUAGAAGACAACAGGUUAACUCUAUCAAGUAUAUCAAACGAAAGUCAAUGAGCACCAUUUGGCCAAAUAUCAACUGUACAUGCACAAACACAACAUUUAUUUAGAGCACAUUGCCCACUGUCACCAAGCAGACGUUCAUAAUGUGAUGCAGUUAGGAGGUACAGUAUGUGUGUUUCCUUGCUAGUCGGAUUUCAUGGGGGGCGCCAUUGAGCAUUUUUGGAGAGAAUCCUCAUCCACAUAAUUCUAAAUAUAUAAAGGCCCAGCAAUAAUGAGCACGAAAAUCAGUGGAUUCCACUGCGGCUUCUUUGUCUUCACCUUCGUUUUUAACAGAGGAAACGCUGACUCGUCAAAUGGGUUAAUUAAAGAUGGGAAAGGCUUUGCAGCUGUUCCUGUGUUUGUACACACAAUGUUCUUUUCUGCUCACCUUAGCAUCCCCAGCGUUAACUUCUGAGGUUCUGUGUUUCUCCAUGACAAGGGUCUCUCGCUGCACAGCUUCUAAAUGAUGUCCUGAUAGCAUCUCCACUGAGUGCACGUGAUAAGCAGAAUGUACUGACGAGCAUUUUCAUUAAGUAACGCCUCUGCAUCCAGUUUCAUGUUCCCAUUGAUUCACUUGGCAUCAGACCUUUUAAUUAGGGAAGAUGGAAGACUUGUGUAUGGAGGAACACACAGAAUUGUUCUUGCUUGAGGAGAGCACAAAUAAGGUGAUUUAAAUGUAUAAUGAAUGGGAACAUUUCAGUGUUAUAGUGCCAUUUAGUAAAUGAAUUUGCAACUUCAACUUCAAAGAGCAAUGAGACAGAAAGCGGCACUCAUUCAUUUUAAUUACGGGAUAAUUUGCAACUCCGCUUCUUGGGGGACUGAAUGGAACCCCCUGCAUCACACACACACACAGUCAAGAAUUUGCGUUUGUGAUGGUGGCGCUUAUAUCUCACAAUAGUAUUUAUUUUCUACUUUUUAUUUUUUUUAUAUUUCUAUAUAGAUGCAUUUAUUUAUGGUGCUUUUUAUGAUGUUUGUUCAUAAGCCUUAAUUUAUUCAGUUGCCAUCAAUGACAAAUAAACAAAAAAUGCAAAAAAAACCCCAAAAGCUUUGUUU